AUGUCCCAAGCUGAUGUCGCGUACAGCUGUGGUUCUUGUGGAUAUCAUCUGAACUUAACAUCUUCAAACCGUGCAACUUCCAGCAUUAGCUCUAGAUAUAGCAAAUCUAUCCACAAGGGUCUUAUCUCAUUUCUUUCCAUUGAUCCCAGUCGUUUUACUCAAGUCGAUAAAGUGCACUGCCUUCCUAUAACUUGGGGCCGUUAUCGUUCGAAAUCCAAGCUUCUUUGCCGUAAUUGUGGAGCUCUCAUCGGUUAUGGGUAUGGAGAUUCAACCGCUCUUUGUGGUCUCGACUCACCAACUUCAUCCCGCUCAUCCUAUAAGAAAAUCGUGGUAAAGAUUCGAGCUUUACAGCCUUCCGAAGAAAACAGCUAG